UGGAAAAACUUGGAAUUAGAAUCAGCUGUUUCGGCCAAUAUGGCGAUUGUUGUGAAACCGUCAAAUGACUAGCUGUCAAAAAUUCAAACAUCAAUCACAAGUGAUGUAAAAAAUUAAAAGACCUGUGAAAACAUCCAGCAAAUAUAAAACAUGGAACAAGUGCGAUUAUUAGUGCAGGAACAAGGGCGUGAAGCCAGGAAUCUCCUUACCUUUAACAUUUCUCCUUUUAACGAUAACUUUGGAAGCAAAGUCUCACGUAAGCCCCCAUGUUCACCAAGAGCUUCUGAGUCGCAACAAAACGUAAAGCUAAACCUUGGAGUAAGAGGACGAACGGGGGCUAGGGUUCGUUCUGCCUCCACUGGAAGGGACAAAAGAUCUGAGCUAAGGGCAAGAUACUGGGCCUUGCUUUUCGGGAACUUACAAAGAUCUAUUGCCGAAAUUUACAAUACAGUGGAAACACAUGAAAGUAUUACUGAAUGCCAAGAAGUAUUAUUAGUUUUAGAAAAUUACUUGAGAGAUUUUAACGCAUUAGCGGAUUGGUUUCGUCUAAAGUGGGAUUAUGAAAAUACCCCACCUUUACAAAGACCAACAUCUCUCACUUGGGAUAUUUGUAAAACAGAUUUAUCAAAAAGUAACAAUAGAUCUGGUAAAUCAAGUCCUAAUUUGGGGUCCGGACGUAAUAGUCCCAACGUAUCUGGAAAAAUUAGUCCUCGAAUUUUAUCCAAUAAAAUUAAAAAUUCAGCUUCGGCUCCUACAAGCCCUCUUCCUACGAUUGAACAACCAAUAAUAGAAGGAAAAGUGAUAGAGACACCUGGAUCACCUAAAAAUGUGGACACUCAAACUUCACCUGAAGAUUUGGAGGAACCUAAAAUUGAGACAAAAGCUGUUGAAAGUCAAACUGAACAAGAAGACCAAGUAAAAUUAAUUAAGUCUCCGGUAUCUAAGAGAAAGACAGACGCUGUCAAGGUUCCGGAGGUUAAGCCAAAGUCUGCUCCUAAGUCAAAAGACGCUAAAUCGAAUGUCUCAAUGACAAAAAAAGAUACAACUAGAACCAUUAAGCCUAAAGUUGACACAAACAACAAACCUAAAACUCAGUUAAAGAAAAGCACAGAAGAUGUAUCACAAGAGAAAAUUUCAGAAGAAGCAAAUCUUGAGGUUUGUCUACAAAGUCAAACAGCUGAGAAAAGUACUAAUACUGAAGAUUUUCCCAAGUUACCACCAGUAAAGAAACCGACUAAACUCAACCAAGAAUGUCAAACUGAAGAAAUCGACAAGAAAACUGUUCCUCUUAACAAAAAUACUAAAAGUGAACCGAUCAAAACUGCUAAACCUGUUACCACCACCACCCGACCUGCAUAUUCUACAGCUUUAACUAAAAGUUUUUCGGGUAAGACUGUACCACCUGUUAAACCAAAAGUUGAGACAAGGCCUGUGGUAAGACCGGCGGUUAGACUAACUAAACCAAUUGCUAGUGCUCGUACUUCAACUGUUAAUCCUGCUAGAACUGGUUUAUCUCGAAGCAGAACCGUCGGUGACAUGAAAAGUAUUAAACUAGCCGAUCAAAGAUCUAAAACUGCACCAAAAGUGGUCAAUCCGUCCAAAUUCACACUGAAUAAGCAAGCAAAGCCUCCGGUUUUGACUAAAAGUAAAACGACUUUAACUAGAGAACAUUUGAACAAAUCUAUGUCGUUUAAUGACUAUGCCAGUUCUGUUGAAACACUGGUAAAUCAAGGAACGAUUGUGACAAAUUCGAGUAACAGUAUUGCGAGUUCUUCGGAAACUCUUAAUAAUGAUAACACGCAGAAUGAUAAUCAACACUCUGAUGGUUGGUUGACUGUGAAGACUAGAUCUAGAUUCAAGAAUAAUAAUAAUAGGUCGAGGCGUUCUGAUACUGCUUUAACUUGGGCGACGAGAUUUCAUCAAGUAAGCGCGACUGCAAGUCUGCCAGCUUUAGCUUUAUUGCCUGAAAAUAACGAAGCAGUGAAAACACCCAAAUGUAUCGAGAAAAGUGUAAAAGAAAAUCUGAAUACUUUUAAAUCUUUAAAAGAUCAAGGUAGGACUCCUUUGAGGCGAUCCCAUACAACAUUAAGUAGAAUGACAGUGUCCAAAAACUGUGUCUCUGAGAAAAACAAGACAAAUCUUCAUAUUAAAAAAACUGCCGAAGAGAGACGUAUGAAAGUUUCUGAUAUCGAUUCAGAAACCGACGAUGAAACGAAAUUUAAAGAUCUUCAGGAGGACUCAGCCACCGAGGAAGAGCAUAGGAAGAAAGCGAAACAAUUGUCGGAGGAAGAAGAUCGUUUGACUAAAGAAAUCGAACAGUUGAAGUGUUUAGAAAUUGAAGUUGAUACAGAGACGGAAACCGAUGGCGAGUUGCAAGGUGACAGCGAUGAUGUUCAGAUUGAACCCACCAACGAGGAUGACUAUUCUAUGUCUUUGGAAGCUCGAUACGAACCUAUGUUGGCUGGAAUGUCUUGGAGUGAUCGAAUUGAUACUUUGGCCGCUUUAGAAGAUUUAAAUGCAAGACAUCCUGGACGUGCUUUGGUGCUACAUCAAAAGUUAUCGAAUCCGGCGCGCAAAGUGAGUCUAGCUGAAGCUUUGAGAAAGUAUCAAGCGAAACAAGCACGCGCCGAACAAAGACGUCAAGACUUGCAACAGGAAAAAACUCAAAAGCUUCACGCGCUUUUGUGUCGUGUUGAAGAUGUCAAAGCUGCCAAACUUCAACUUAUCGAAGACAAAAGGAAACGAAUGGAGUCACGUAUGCAAAAAGCGACACAAAAUCGGCGUCGUUACAUUAAGGACAUUAUCAAGAAAGCACACGAUGAAGAAGAAAAACUGAAAGAAAUUGCAUUCAUUAAUGAACUUGAAGCCCAGAAUAAACGUCAUGAUUUUCUUCAGUCUUGUCGGGAGCAACGCGGACGCAUCCAAUGCAUAAAAGAGGACAGACGCAAGCGAUUGGAGGAAAAAGCGGCAAAGGAAGCCGCUGUCGAGGAACGAAGAAAAGCGUUAGAGAGGGAACGAAAGGAGAGAUUAGAUCGUUUGAAAGAUGAAAGAAGACAAAGGGAUGAAAGAAUUGGACAACAACAACAACAAAGGGAGAGAGAGCGGCAGGAGUUGGCAAGGGAAAAAGCGAGAGAUCGCGAGGAGCGGUUGUCUGCUCUCCAUGCCCAACAAUUAGCCUCUACUCAAGAACUGCAGAAAAGGAUCGAGCAGAAGCAGGAAGAGUCGAAGAGACGACAUGAAGAAAAUAUGGAGCAGAUCAGGCAGAAGGCUUUGGAGUUGUCGAUUCACAGGUGUCAUAAUGAGGAUAAUCAAGCACCGAACAGUACUCCUUACCCUACUCAGAAGUUUUGUACAGCUUGUAAUACCUUGAUCAAAUCAGAGGUAUAUUUGAUGAGUCAUUUACGUGGUCGAGCGCACCACGAAGCCGUAAAACAAGCAAAUCCUGGUCAGAAUAUUCUGACAACUAAAGAAUUAGAACAGUACAAUUUGAAACAAAUAGUCGACGCUCCGGCCGGUAAAGAAGAUCCUAAAGGCGUGGCUGCUAAAGAGCGUGGUAAAGCUCAUCGAAAACGAUGUAAAAAAAUUAGACAACGAAUGGUAAUGAAAGGAGCGGAAUUUGAAACUUCGUACAAGCCGAAUAUUGUUGAAUGUGCCAAUAAACGAAGUUUGAAUAGAAGUAUUAAUACUAUCGGUAGUAUUACAAAUCAAGCUAGUCAAGGGCUGUCUCCGACCAGUUCAAGUCAGUUGGAUAGAAUUCUAAAUGAGCUUACUAGAUCAUUAAGUAAAGGGAUUGAUAAUGAUUUGAUCGUGUUUCAUAACGUGGGUGGAUUUACAGUUUUGGGAAAAUUACUUACAAUUGGCCAAGAUACCACGAAUUUAUCUAUUUCGACAAAAACUUUGAUCACUUGUUGCAAUUUGUGGCAAAUCGCCUGUAAAGGAUCAGGGAGUGGUUGCACUAAUUGUGAAUAUAUUGUUAUGUCAAAUCGUCUCACACCUGCUAUGGAUUUACUUAAUACCAAAUUUCAGAGUUUGGGAUGUUCGGAAGAUUUACCACCAACGGAUAAUCUUUGUACGGCAUUGAUGCAGCUUUUGGCUACAGUGUUGAGAAACACGCCGAAAACUGUUCCAGCUCAUCGACUUCACGACAUCGUUAGCUUUUGCGUGUGCGUUGGAAUUGUUGAACAAUUGGCCCAAUGUUGUUUGGCGGUGCGAGGCCCCGUCCACGACGUUCCUCCAGCCUGUGCCUUCCUUCUUGCUGCCUUGGAAUUUCUAGCAGCGCUGGCCGAUCACUGUCCAGAAGAUUCCGAUCCCACACAUCUAGUGAGUACUUUGCACGGUACUGAGUUAUUGGGGGCCGUUUCCAUGCUGUAUGGCACGUUACUGCCUCCGGACUCCUCCCCACGUGUCGAAGGGCAGUCUCCUCCGAUGAUACCGGAUCCUUGUCUCCAUUUGGCCACCGCUACUUUUCGACUUCUUCGCAGAAUUGCCGAAUUAGACUUAAUUAAAUUUCAGGAAGUACUUGGAGCCGAGGGUAUUUCAUUGCAGUUUCGUCAUAUUGCAAGUCACUUAAUUUGGUGUUGUGCACUUCCGACAACGUCUCCAAGAAGCAAGGAUGGCAACAGUGAGAUUCAUCAAGAGCUACUUCACGAAGUGAUAGCCGUCACUGGAUACUUUGCUGUGGAAAAUAAUGAGAAUCAGAUGUUGUUAGUGAGUGGCCAGCCUCCUUCAGUUCUCCAACAGCUCUGUUCGUUGCCUUUUCCCUAUUUCUCAGUGGAAACGCUUUCGAACGUGCUUUAUCCAACUUUGCUGGCUUGCUGCGUUAGAAAUGAGCACACCGCAGCAAUUCUGAGACAAGAACUUUCCUACGAUAUUUUGGAAGACUUUCGGAAGUCAGCAACAGGACAACAACAUCGAUUGGUUAAACUUCUAAAUAAAAAUCGCGUUUAAUUAAAUUUUGACGUGCAAUUUAUAUUUUUAAGUGUACCUACUGUCAAUUCCAUUAGUCACUAGAAGUAAACUAAUCAGGUCUUUGAGACCGUUAUUAUUCUAUCCUGUCUAACAGUGUACUGAUUUAAUAUAAUAUGUCACUUAAAAACUC